AUGCCAUCUCAAGAAUAUCUCGAUCUCUUCGGAAGUGAUGCGGAACAGCCCGAAGAGCCUCUCCCGCUCCAAGCUGCAGUCGAGACGGGGGAUCUGAACACUGUGCGCCGGGUGGCAUCCACCGCGGACCCUGCAGAUCGGAACGCAGCCCUAAGCCGAUCGUGCCAGCUCGGGAACAAACCCCUAGUGGAGAUGCUGGUGGACUCGGGCCUAUGCGACAUCAAUGCCAUCACAGAUGGAGCAACGCCUCUCUUCCAUGCCGCCCGCAAACGGGACUCAAAUUUAGUCAGGUUCCUUCUAGAAAAUCAGGCCGAUGUGACCGUCAAAUGCGCGGAUCGUGGCCGGGAAAGGGAGGCCCCAACAAGAACGCCCCUCCAUGGCGCGUUCGAAGAUGUACAUGAUUGCAGAACUCCAGAACAAGUACACGAGCUGGAAGAGGUGAUAAAAUUAUUGCUGGAGGCGGGGUGCGAUAUCAAUGCACAAGAUGUGCAUGGCCAAACUAUACUUCAGCGCUGCGUGGGCGCAGGGUCCCCGUUAAUUGACUUUCUACUACAACACGGAGCAGACCCGAAUAUCCGAGGCAGCAACGGAACGACAUCAAUGCACUUUCUUCAUAGGCCCCUUGGAAAUCCAGAAUGGCUGGGAGCUCUCGUGGCACAUGGUGCACGUCUUGACAUUGCCGAGAAACAAGGGAAUGGCUACACUCCUCUGCACAAGUUCGCGUCGAGCGGCCAACUAGGCGAUCUUUCAGUGUUCAGACCCUUUGUGUCCGAUUGGGAUAUCAUCGAUGCCAAGGGAAACACACUUCUUCACAUUGCCGCCAAGAAGCAUCGCAAAGGAAGUCCUACUCUAUCAGAAUUGCUCAGGGCUGGUCUGGAUCCAAACCAGAGGAACCAUGGAGGACAACAGCCCAUACAUAUGGUCGAUGGAAGUGGAGACGACGUGAACGAUGUAUUAGAUAUUCUCUGCAAAGCCGGUGCGGAUCUUGAGGCUCGAGACUCGAAAGGAUAUACGCCACUGACCAGGCUCAUGUGUGGCCAAUCUCAGCAUAACUCUCGUGAGCUUAUCGAGGUAUUGCAUCGUCGCGGGGCAAACAUCAACGCGCAAGACUACCAAGGGAACGGGAUCUUAUGGAAUCUCAUCCAAAACGAAUUCCGUUCGCAGCACCUCGACUACCUUCUCUCCCUCGGGGUGAAUCCAAACAUGACAAACUACAAAGGAGACACAUUUCUGCACCAUCUUGCAGCAAGCUAUGCCAAUUCUGUCCUUGACCAAGAGCCGCUUAUUCCAGCCAUGAAAAAGAUGAUUGAUAUGGGUGUUUCCCCCACUCUGCCUAACUUCAAGGGUUGGACACCUUUACAUGCACUGUGCAGUCAAGUCUCGGAUCAUUAUUUCGCAGCCGCUGCGGAGGGCGGAAAAUCUGCGAUUGACUUGCUCCUAGAUCUUGGGCUGGACGGAGCUCUCAACACGGCUGAUCAUCAGGGUGUUCGGCCCAUUCAUCUGGCAGCCACGACUUCGGAGAUACUCGUCGGUAGGCUCAUUUCUCGUGGAGCCGACUCCACAGCUAUCACAAGUGAUGGGCGGAAUCUACUUCAUAUCGCUUCCACUGCGCGACAGAGCAACACAGUAGGAUUGCUACUGGAACACUACAUCUCAACCAAUCAGACUGCUCUGAUCAAUGCAAAGUCAACCGACGGAAGGACACCUCUCCAUGUAGCUUGCCGCUCUGGGAGACUGGAGACAGUAGCCCUAUUGCUCGCUCAGGGUGCAGAUGUCAGCAUUCAAGACGAGCAGGGGCGAACUGCCAUGGAUAUAUGCAGCGAGUUUCCCGAGGAGGACAAGCUGUGGCAAGAUGCCGAUGAUGCAGAAAACCUUUUCCACGCAUUCACUGCGGCUGGAGUCCUGUUAGAGGACAAUAAAAGGCCCACACAACCGAGAUCCCGCAACAAGAAACUCAGCCAUAACGCCAAACGUAUUGGGUGGAAAGGUGAGCUCACAUCUGAAACCUCGACGAUUGCCAUUGGACCUAUCGUUCGACAUUUGGCGGCUCACGGGGGAAUUAUCAAAAAAGAUGGAUAUGCCAAUGGCCCGAUGUUCUAUGCCGUUGCCUACGGUAAUGACCAAAUGACUGUGGAGCUUGAUCGGGCGUCACAGGAGCUCAAUAUCUCACUCCGAAACCAUUCCCCCCUCGAAACCAAUACUAUCCUAGCGCGUUCUAGGAAUCUACCAGCUAUCUUGGAGGAGCAGUUCAAGAAUGGUACAUAUGAAAGUCAGAUCUUUUCCAUGGUGCUGCGAGGCCAUGAGCAAGAAGUGGCACAGGCCUUGGAGAAGACGGCUUCCAGGGAUGUAGAAUGGGCCAAGAACCAGUCUAAUCUGCCAGAGAUAUUGGUUGCUCUCGCGAGAUGGGGAUACGCGGAGCUUUUCGAGCGCAUCGGAUCUCUUAUACCAGGAACUGACUGGAUCAACAGUGGAAAGGCUAACAGCUACGGUGAAGAGCCUAUUCGACAUCUUCUCGCAGCUGGUAUGCGCCACCUUCCUAACUUGGAAGUUAUCAAGAUCAUGGUUGAAAAAUUCAAUGUGGACAUCAACGCUCAGUUUGCAAGUAAUAUGAAACUCAAACCAAAGGUCUAUUAUCAGUCGUCCAUGGCCCAACAAAGGCAGUACAAGGAGGGCGACACAAUCCUCCACCACCUCGCCCAGGGCGAGCAUUGGUGGCAUGAAGGUGCCAUUAAAUACCUUCUAGAGCAUGGAGCCGACCCCAACAUCCGCAAUAGCCAAGGAAAGACACCACUGUGCAAUGCAGUAGCAAGAGGAGAGCUCGCCGGCCACCGUCAGCGUGAAAUCACUCGAAUUCUCCUCGAGGGCGGGGCUGAUCCUAACAUUGCUGCUUCAUGUGGCUACACGCCAUUAUCCAUGUCAAGUCAUGAUACACAGCUCUUCCAAUCAUUGAUCAACACCGGUGCCUUCCCAUCCCAGGAACACCCAAUGGAGCUAUUUGCCGCACUGGCGAGCUUCAAUACUGAGGUCCUCGAAGCUCUCCUGACAAUGGACUUGGAUUGCAACAAGACAGUUUUAUCAGAUACUCAACCUCACUGGCAUACCCCUCGCUUCCGAAAACUUCCCGGAACACCGUCAUUGAUCCUGAGUCCGCUGUAUUAUAUCUCCACGAUAGCAUACAACGAAGCCAACACCCGCGACAAUGCCAUUCGCAUGAUCCAAACCCUAAUCAAGCAUGGUGCAGAUCCCUGGAUACCCUGCGACCAAGAUGCGCUAGUGCUACACGAGAUCUUUGAGAACGGAGGAAUCAUUCAACCAUGGCUUGAACUACCUAACCUGGAUCUUGAGCAUCGCGAUCCUAAGGGACAAACGCUACUGCUAGCAGCUGCGAAGUCACACUCUGGUGUUGACUCCUAUGCCUGUCAAGCACCCACUUUCCCAUUACGUGGUGGUAAAAUCAUUUCAUCCCAGUGGAAAGAGGGUGACCGCACACGUGCAAUGGCAUUGUAUGAACGUGGAGCGAACUUGACUGUGGUUGAUAACACGGGAAAUAAUGUGCUUCAUUCUUUGGCCAAGAUUGAGACACAAGAUAAAAUCUUCGAAGUAGAACUGAAGCGUACAUUGGCUUUGUUCGUGGAAAAAAUUCCUGGGCUUGUUGAUCAGACGAAUGGACAGGGGAAGACAGCUCGGAUGAUUGUUGCGGAGGGGGAAAACCACUGGGCUCGGGAGAUCCUUGAGCAGAGUGUAGCAGGCAAGCAGUAA